AUGUCUGCGCAGCUCCCACAGACGGAGAAGAAAGAGGACCGGGACAGAACGAAACGCGAUGAGUCCUCCGCGGCUCCCGCCAACGACGAUGGCGACGAUGAGGAAGCGGAGGAGGAAGACGAGGACGAUGAGGAGCCCAAGCUGAAAUACGCAAAGCUGACUGGGAAUCUGGCAAAUGUAUACCGCGCGGACUCUACGAGCGCCUUCCUGGUGACAGGAGACAAGAUGGUCGUAGGCACGCAUAAUGGUAGCAUACACGUAUUUGCCGUGCCGACCAUGGAGAGCUUGAGGACGUAUAGGGCACAUUCAGCAAUGGUAACAGCUGUUGAUGUCAGUCCGAGGCCGCCGAAACCUGUACUGGUAAGAUCAGAGACUGGCAAUGCGACACUUUUUGGCACGCCUGGAUCGCAACCGAAACCACCACCGCUGUCAAGGACGAGUACGCGGAUGAACAGCCCGAAAGCAUCGCAACGACCCCAACAGACUGCCGUACCGAAUACGCCGAAUAAUCAAAUCUACAUUGCAACCAGUUCUCAAGAUGGCCAUGUCUGUAUACAGAAUCUCGUGGAUCCUCAGGAUGUACAGUUACGCAACUUCGCCAGACCAGUCAAUGCCAUCGCAAUGUCGCCAGAGUACAGGACUGAUCGGAUGUAUCUUUCUGGAGGCUUGGCAGGCAAACUUAUUCUCACAGCGGGAGGCAAGGCAGGAGUGACAACAGAGGCCAACACCAACAGUGCUGCAGCUGCAGCUUCAGGAUGGCUUGGUGCAAUUGGUUUGGGCGGCGGUACUGGGACGGACACCAGUCUUCAUUCUGGGGAAGGUGCGAUCAGCAACAUUAAGUGGAGUCUGAGCGGAAAGUGGGUGGUCUGGGUCAAUGAGGAGGGCAUCAAGAUCAUGCGAACACAUCUACACCUUGGCAGUGAGCACCAGGAAGACGCAUGGAAAAGGAUCGCACACGCUGCGAAGCCCAAUCGGAGAGUCUGGGAAGACAUGGCGACAGUAUGGAAGGCCCGAUGUGAGUGGAUCGACGAGCAGAGCUUGGAGAGUGAUGAGCUUGCCACUGGAGGCGGCCAUGACGAAGGCACAAACGGCAUCAAUGGUAGCAGUGCAGCACAUAACACGCCAAGCAAGGGCAAGAAGAAGAUAGAGAAGCUCGUGGUUGGAUGGGGCGACACUGCUUGGAUACUACACGUCCAAUCUGGGAGUUCCACGCCUGCAGGUCCAAUUUCCAAGCGCCAGGUUGGCAGUGCAGACAUCAUCCACAAACUGCAAUUCCGAGACUGUAUUAUCUCCGGCAUCAGCCUGUACACGCCAUCUUUGCUCGCAAUCCUGGCCUACCGGACACGAGACGAUGACGACAGACCGAUUCAGCUGCCGGGCGAUAAAGACUCGAAGCCUGAACGGAGAGGACGGCAGCAUCGACACACUGGACUCGCGCCUCAUCUGCGGCUGGUUACAGUGGCAAAUGGCGAAGAAGUCGAGCUUGACGAGCUUUCCAUGUCGCGAUAUGAGACACUCACGGCCCAAGACUACCAUCUUGGCACAUCAUACAUGCCACCGCCAUUACCAGAAAAAGCUGCUCGUGAGCAGAGAGGCAAGUUAGAAGGAAUCUGGGAUGCUACUCGAGAUAUGACUGUCAAUGCUGCAGUCACGAGCGGAGGCUACGCCACCCGAAUUUUCUCUUCCAGCGCAAGCGUUUUCAGCUCCGGCAGCGAUGGGAAGGAGACGGAUGGUAGAACAAUGUCAUUCACCUCCAGUGGCCGCCCAGGCUCUGCACGAGAUGCGACAGUAACGCCUGAACGAAGACGAGUUGACGCACAUCCGUACGCACUAGAACCAGGACUCAAAGUCUUCAUUCACAGUCCUUACGACUGUGUCAUGGCCGUCAAGCGAGAGCUCUCCGACCACCUCGAACGGCUGCUUGAGCAUCAUCAGUACGGAGAAGCUUGGCACCUCAUCGACGAGCAUCCUGAAGCCGUGGACACAUUAGAUACGCAGGCUUCUGCAUCAGAUCCAACGUCGCCGACCAAGGGCGUGAACAGCAAUGGUAGCUUGGCUGACUUUUUCGCAUCGGACUCGGACUCACAAGCGACAGGCACGACAGCACUGCGAGCGCACAACUCAUCCGCACAGAAGGAGAAGCGGCGGAUUGGUGAUCUCUGGCUCUCACAACUCGUUGCAUUAGAAGACUGGGAAAAAGCCGGUCAGGUCGCCGGGGUGGUGCUUGGCACGAGUGCAAGGUGGGAGCACUGGGUGUGGACUUUCGCUCAGGCGAACAGAUUUGAUGAGAUUACACCCUACAUUCCCUCAACCUCUCUCAGGCCGCCGUUGCCAAGCUUGGUAUAUGAGGUCAUUCUCGGCCACUACAUCGUCAAAGAUGCGACGCGAUUGGUCGGCCUGCUGGAUCAAUGGGACCCAGAGCUCUUCGACGUACGAAGUGUAAUUUCCGCAAUUGAAGAUCGACUGGAGUCCGGAGAAGUUGCUGAAGACAGCGUAGAGGGUGGCGUCAAGGGCCGGGAUUGGCGACUCCUGAUGGAAUCGUUGGGUAAGCUCUACCUGGCGGAUGGCAGAGCAAAGGACGCCCUCCGCUGCUUCGUUGCUCUUCAGGAUGCCGAAAGAGCAUUUACACUGAUCAAAGAAGAUAAGUUGAUUGAUGCCGUGGCCGAUGAUGUACCUGGCCUGCUCAUGCUUCGGGUGACGAAAGAGCAGAUGCGCUCUGCACCGCUCUCGGAAUUGGAAGAGGCCAGCUCUGAAGCCGUCCAGUUGCUUGUCGAUGAAGCAAUCCGAGGCACGAUACCUGCGCCUGAAGUCAUUCGGCAGCUCCAGCGCAAAGGCGACGGUUUUCAGCCUUUCCUCUUCUUCUACUUCCGGGCGCUUUGGAAUGCUAGUAGUAGCACAGCGACACCCUUGCCACGAGGAAAGGCUAAUCAGAGAGGAGAAGAAGGUCGAAUGUUGGUUGAGGACAAUGCCGACCUUGCCAUUCGUCUCUUCGCCGAAUACGAUCGCGACUUGCUGCUGACAUUUCUGAAACGCAGCGAGGUCUAUAGCUUCGAUAAGGCCGCAGAAAUAUGCGAGAGACGACACUACAUACCCGAACUUGUCCACAUCUAUAGCAAGACUGGUCAGACUAGGCGCGCACUUAACCUCAUCAUUGGAGAGCUUGGCGACGUCAGGCAGGCUAUCGAAUUUGCGAAGGAAAAUCCAGAUCUGUGGGAAGACCUGCUCGAGUACAGCAUGGGCAAGCCGACUUUCAUUCGAGGUCUACUCGAAGAGGUCGGCGCUGCUGCUGCAUUCAACCCUAUUGAUGUCGUGAGAAGGAUACCCGAAGGUCUGGAAAUUGAGGGUCUCAAGCAUGGUAUCCAGCGUCUGGUGCGAGAAUUUGAGAUUCAGCUUUCCAUCUCUGAAGGCGUUGCCAAAGUGCUGCGAGGCGAAGUGAGCACAGGCAUGGACACACUCCGAGCCGGUCGUAAGAAGGGCGUGAGAUUCGAGGUCAUCCACGACUUGGCACCAACGAAGGUGGAGCUGAAAGUGCACGAUGUGCCGACCAAAGUUCCUGAUGGAGAUGCACUGCCUGUGCCCAAGCCGAGGAGGAAGAGUGAUGCGCAUAGACCUGCCGAGCUCGGAUGCUGUGUCGGCUGUGAACGCUUGCUGACUUCCUUCGUAGAAAAAGAAACCCUCAUCGGCUUCGCAUGCGGUCACGUUUACCACCUCUCUUGCCUCCUUGACGCGAAUCCAGAUACGCGCGGAACCGACGAAGCGGAAGAUAUCAUCCGACAAAUGCACCGUGCUGCUGACGAAGGCGAGGAAGGAGGAUACAGUGGUCGAAGUGUCGGCGCAAAGGUCGCUCAUGCGCACAUCAUUGGCAAUGUGGUCAAAGGUGGAUGUCAGAGGUGUAUGAUACCCGAAGGUGCAUGA